ACAAAUGCCUUACUUACUCAGGGUUUCAUCAAACGACUCCUGUAAAAGCCGUGACCGUGCCCGUGAACAUGUUUUCCACAAUGGCAAGCCGUCCGUUCUACAUGGAAGGCCCCCUGCGAAGCUGGGUGGACGACCGAAACAUUUGGCGGGAAGAGUACGACCACGAAUGGCUCGACUCUUUCUUUUCUGGAUGGAAUAGAACUUCCAAACUAGGAUCAACCCAAACACGCAUUCCGGGAAUCAACAGUUUCUGGUCAGUAACGCCCCCUACAUGCAGUCCCGUGUUCCCUGCAUGCCACACUUCGCAAGUGCAUGGCCACAAUGACGUCAGGGAAACGAACACAAAACACGAAGACUACACAAAAUCAUGGAUACAGUAUUUAGAGGAGGAAGAACAACUCCCAAAUCUAAUGAAUGUGAACUUCACGAAGCCAACGAUGCCACAUAUUGCAGACGUCAACAACAAUCAGAGCCUGAAUAUCAACAAAAUACGAAAUGUACCCAUAACACUGAAAGCUGCAAAAAUGGUAGAAAACGAAGCGAAGCAUGUUGAGUCUGGAAAAUCUGCGAGCAAGAACGAGCUAAUGGACGAUUCUGAGAAGAAAUCAUCUGCGAAAAAGGCGGGAAAAUCCACAAUGAAAGUAAUGUGGACAAGCGCCGGAGAGGGAAAAGAGGGGCUGGCACCAAUUUGGUCAGUCCAGUCGCCCACAGUAAAGAUGACAGGAACGGUUGUGGAGAGAAACACAAAGAAAGAAGACUACGCACACGACUGGGACGACGCCGAGGUGAUUGCGACACAGUGCGGGUUAUCCGAGGUCAACGACAAAGCGCGGGAAGAGUUGGAGCGGGAAUGGAGGCAGGACCUGCUGUACUGCUAUCCGUGGGAGACAGAGGGCGCUCUUUAUCGUGACGUCAUCCACGUAGAGCUGAACCAGAAAACGGACAAGAUGGGCAGGCCGGUGUUGCGUCGGAAACAUAGUUUCGGUUCUUAAGCUUAAGAAGAAAGACUCAUAGUUUGAGAAACGGACUCCAACAAAACAUUGAAAGAUCGUCCUAUUUUUACCGUUUCUGAGACCGAUUUGACAAUGUGUCGUGAGGUCGAGAAAUUAUAGAUAUUGACACGAUUGACAAUGUGAUAUAAAAGACUGUAAUUUCACAUUAAGCAAUGCACAAUGUUGUCCCAAGAAGAAAAUCAUUUGACGAAUAAACUGUUGUAAACAAUGUGA